AUGUGGAAAAAUCUUCGAUUGCAUUGGCGUAAAAUCAUCACACCAAUGGAAACUGCGAAGCAUUGCGAGGCAAGAGAUAACCUAUUAAAUGUGAAAAACGAAAUUAUGCCAAUGCCAACAUGGAACGGUAACCUGGAAGAUCGCUUCAAACAGACAACACAACCAGUGCAUGAUGAAAUUAAAUGGUUUCCAGAGGUGGAUACAGCUGAAAUGCGGGAUCAGGGAGAAAAGAAAAAGAAUAUGGAGUAG